AUGCCCGAGACGGACGUUGUUAUUGUCGGGGCUGGGCCAUCGGGACUGAGUCUUGCAGUUGCCCUCAGUCAGCUCCAGAUCAAGUCUGUUGUUCUCGAGAAGCAGCAUGACAUCUGCGAAGACCCUCGAGCUAUUGCGCUUGCCGGUGAUGCUUCUCGUAUCCUUUCCCUGAUUGGAAUCACUGCGAGAGAGAUGGACCAGAUAAGCCAACCACUCUCCGGCGUAAACUUUUACGAUAGUACUUUUACCUCUGUGCCUUUUCUCCAACUCGAACACGAUCAGGACUGGUCAGAGCAGUCGCUGCCUAAUGCCAGUGUCAUUCUUCAGCCAGGUCUAGAGCAACUUCUUCGUGAUAGAGCGUACGUCUCUGAGUACAUCACGUUGAAGUUGGACUGCGAAGUGGUUGGAAUUGUUGAAAAUCCCAACAACGUCGAAGUAACAUACAAAGAAAAGGGCACACCCGGAACAUACGUGAUUCGAGGUCAAUAUACCGUAGGGGCGGACGGAAAGCGAGGCUUUGUUCGAAAGCACUUCUUGGAGGAUAAGGGGAUCAAGCAAGAAACAGGACGAUAUAGUUACGAGGCCACAUGGGUGGCGGCAAAUCUCAAAGUUACGAUGCCCACGCCUAGCUCUCACCCGCAUUUCCCCCUUUGGGAUCUCGGUUAUGAGCCAGAUGAGCUCUGGGACCUCUUUUGGCCUGGUGGCUUCCACUUCUGUAAUCAUCCCACGAUGCCUGUGGCUACGGGCCGAUUUGGCCCUAUCGAGGAAAAAUACUGGAGAUUUGAAUAUGAGCUGCCCCCUAACUUCGAACUCCCAGAAGAUGCCGUAGGACAUCUCAAGGAACAGAUGGAACCGCAUCUGACGAUUCCGCCCUCUGGCCUACGUGGCCAAGCUUGUCAGUUAAAGACUCCUGUAAGGUUUCCGUGGGAUUGUGUAGAAGUUUUGCGUUGUGGGCCAGCACAUUUUGUCCAGAAAGUUGUCAAUAGGUGGUUCGACGGACGAGUCAUCCUAAUCGGCGACGCUGCUCAUGUCUUCCCGCCUUUCGGUGCUCAAGGAAUCGUCAGCGGAAUACGAGAUGCACUUGGACUAUCAUGGCGUCUGUCUCUUCUUGUCAGCGGCAACAGGAAGAUCCCACACAAAGAGAGCUCGUCUUUCAACAAAGACUCGCUUUUGUUGACCUGGUCACGCGAGCGCCGUCAAGGUGUCGACGAAGCCGCGAGGAUGACCGCGGCCAACGGGACCUUCUUACAGACCAAAUCUCAGGUUCUGCGUUGGGCCGUUUGGUGCGCGGACACCGUGAUAAGCUGGAUACCGCGCCUCCGACUGUCCUUGCUUCGUGGUCACUUUUCAGAUCGCGACGGUGUCCGUGGUGUAAAGGACGGGUUCUUCUUGGAGGACCAAGGUGGAGGAACCAGGACUGCUCAGAUUUUUAUCCAAGGCGCUUGUGACAGGUCGGUUCAUUUAUCAGACCACGUGUUUCGAAACUCCAACGCAGCCUUGACAUUAUUAAUUCUCCAUCAUCCGGAGACCGAGCAAGAGUGGACAGCAAUCCAACAGGCAUCAAAGCGGCUUGAUCUCCCUUCCAACUUCCUCGCAGAGAAAGCUAUCUGUUUGAGUGACAAAACUUCGGUAUCCCUCCAACUGCAGCCUGAGUCUAAGAAGAUCCAGAGCUCGCAAAUGUUGACGCCUGCGACAGCGGUGGAGGCUUCUCGCGCUGGACACAAACCGCUUCCUCUUUAUGACCCUUCCACGUUUCGGAAGAGAUUUCAAUCCAGUGCCAAGUACGCGCUAAUUCGCUCGGACUUUAUCAUCUUUUCGCAAGCGAAAACACUGGAACAGCUCGAGGAUCAGAUCAGUCGGGCUUGGGAAAUGGUAACGAAUAGCUGA